AUGCUUCUUCUUGGCCGACCGACUGCCGUUGUCAGUCUGGUAUCUUUUUUAGGCGCAUAUGCCACCCCCGUCCCUAGCCCUAACUUGCAACAACUUCUGCGAGUGCCUGCAGGAAGUCCCCAGCAAGUGUUUAGAGACCCGCCCUUCACUCCGGGCCAUCGUGACCCCUAUGACCACAAAGUAGACUCGGUGGGGGAAAACCUGCAUCCGUUACCAUAUCGCAAUGGCGAUGGAUCAAGCGUGAUGGGUCCGCAAAACAAAGAUCGCCAGCGCCAAAACCCGGACCUUAUGCGCCCACCGAGUACGGAUCAUGGGAGUAUGGCCAACAUGCGCUGGAGUUUUGCAGAUUCACACACCCGGAUCGAGGAAGGGGGUUGGACGCGGCAGACGACCAUCCGUGAGCUUCCCACCAGCCGGGAGCUAGCAGGCGUGAAUAUGCGGCUGGAUGACGGCGUCAUCCGCGAACUUCAUUGGCACACCGAGGCUGAGUGGGCAUAUGUGCUCGCCGGCCGAGUGCGAGUGACAGCGCUCGACCCGGACGGAGGUAGCUUCAUGGACGACCUCGAUGAAGGCGAUUUGUGGUACUUUCCGGCUGGCCAUCCGCAUUCACUGCAGGGCCUCAGUCCCAAUGGCACCGAGUUCCUCUUGAUAUUCGAUAAUGGUCACUUUUCCGAAGAAUCUACGUUCCUUCUGACUGACUGGUUGGCCCAUACUCCCAAAGCGGUGUUAGCAGAGAACUUUCGCCUCCAACCCGAAACGUUCAAGUCGAUUCCAACGUCCGAGAAGUAUAUUUUCCAGGGCUCUCGCCCAGGAUCCAUCGACCACGAGAAACCUCGUGGCUUCCGACAAUCUAAGACCCGUUUCACGCAUCGGAUGCAUGAACAAAACCCUUUGCAAACGAGUGGAGGGCGAGUCCGGAUCACAGACUCGACCAAUUUCCCCGUGUCAAAAACGGUGGCAGCCGCCCAUCUGGAAAUUCAGCCGGGAGCCCUUCGUGAAAUGCACUGGCAUCCUAAUGCUGAUGAGUGGACGUACUUUAAGAAAGGUCGGGCCCGGGUCACCAUUUUCGCCGCCGAGGGCAAUGCCCGCACGUUUGACUACAUGGCCGGAGACGUGGGCAUCGUACCGCGAAAUAUGGGGCAUUUUAUAGAGAACUUGAGUGACGACGAACCAGUAGAAGUGCUGGAGCUGUUUCGGGCGGAUCGAUUCCAGGACUUUUCACUCUUCCAGUGGCUCGGUGAAACGCCCCGACGUAUGGUUGCCGAGCAUAUUUUUGCGUCCAACCCGGAGGCUGCGGCAAGAUUUUUACAGAACAUCGAAGGGGCCGAGAAAGAUCCCAUCAAAGAUACAGCAUGA